AUGGCCCUAAAUGGGACCAACGACCUUGAAAAGAAUCCAAACCAUGAUGUGUCCUUGACGUCAAACCGUGGCCCACACCAGGUGAUCGACACGGUCCACAAGUUCAUUGCCACUUGCUAUGGCCAAGGUCCUCGCUGCUGUCGCCGCCACCGCCGAGUCCGAAAUCGGCAACGGGACCAACGGGACACGUAUGUGACUGGCAUCCGCUACACGUCGUCUGGCUGCGGCGCGUCCUGGAUCGCCCCCAAGGUGCUCCUCGCCGCCGCCGGUGGACGGGCCAGCUUUGGUGGGGUCGCGCUACUCGGCGGCACCAAGGACGGCGAGCGCAUCAAGAUCGUCCAGCAAACCAUGCAUCCCAAGUUCAACGAAGACGACACGACGGACGACGACUUUUCCACCUUUGACACUGAAUCCAAGGUCGCCCCCGUCAAAGUCAAGUCUCGGCCCCAGGCAUCGUGUCGUGGGCUCUGGUCCAACGCCGACUUUAAGAAAGCGCUGCGAGCGAACGCGAAAUCUUGGACUCGAUGGCGAGUGUGGGGGACCAUCACUCGAUACGGUGUCGAGUUCGUCGGCGGCAUGACGAGCUCGGGCAAAGGGUGCGCCGAGCCUGGAUACCCUGGUGUGUACUCGCACGUGUCAGUCGCCCGCGUCUUCAUGGAGCCCAUCUUCCCUGUCGUUCGUCUCCAGUCGUUUCCUCUGGUCGGGAAAAGCUGCAGGCAGGCCUUGCUUUCGUCCGUGCUGCACCCAGACGAGGCAUACUGA